AUGUUGAAUAAUCAAUAUUGGGAUAGUAUAUCAUCGUUUGAUUUUGAUGAUUUGCUUUCAUUACCUGAUGAAUCUAAUGUUCAAAAUGAAUAUGAUCAAUAUUCUAUGUUAUAUGAUGAUAUAAUUAAAGACAAAACAACUUCAUUGUCUAAGAUUAAUCAAUCUCAACUACAAACAUUAUCAGAGAAUAAUUCAAUACAAGAAUCUCAACUAUUAAAUCUCGAAUGUGGCGUUUGUGGUGCUCCAGCUCAUGGUUAUAAUUUUGAUCAGAUUACUUGUGAAUCGUGCAAAGCAUUUUUUCGUCGAAAUGGAUUACGUGAUAUGGUAAUUAGUAUUCACUAG